UUGAAUAUUUUCGUUAAUAUAGUUUACAUAUAAUAAUACUAUAUUAAAUAUUAAUAUAUUGGUGUAUAUGAAAUACACCAUUUUUUAGAAUUUAAUUUUAUAGAUUUAAUCCACAAUUGAAUAGUGAUAAAACUACUCGAGUUAAUUCGCAUGAUCAACGAAUUCGUAAAAUUUUAUAGGCACAUGUCCAACUCUUUGAUAAUCAGUGAAUCGUGCGUAAGAUCGAGAUAGAUCAUGCGUGACUAGAUAGUGAACAGAGUCAAAGAAUAGUUCUCCAUUUUUAUUCGAUCCGUGCGAAACGGCCAGCCUGACGUAAUUAGUAACACAUGUGGCGAACGAACCGCACCCAUUGAUUGACUGCCAGACGGGAAGAACUAUCCCGAUUCGAAGCAGUGAAUUAUCCAACAGUGGUGGAGAUGUGAAAGUGUCGUGCAAACUGCAAGAAUUACGCUCGACGAAGGAAAUUGUAUCAGACUUUCAGGGUCGAGCGUAAUUGCGAUGAAACUUUGUUUCAUUAAAACCAGUCCGAUCCCACCGUAAUUAUACAUCACCGGAAUCACUUUCAUUUUUAACUUGAAGAACAGAUAUAGUUAACACAAGAAUCAACAAAGAAUUAUAAAGAAUUUUUUUAUUAUUAAAUAAAAUUUUUUUUUAAUAUUUGUAUUAUAUUUACAACUAACUCUGUUGAUCAAUCAAACAAAUAUGUAUGGAUCACGCUCAAGAAUAUUUCCAUUCUAUUUCAUUUUAACAAACAGUGUGACUUCUCUUUAAUUUUUUAAUUUUUUUUUGUCAGGUUUUUAGCCAUUUAGAUUUUUAGAAUAUAUCCCUAAUUUGUUGUUACGUUUGUUGAACAUAUGAUAAAUUUUUAAAUUUGUUUCUUUAUUUCAUUUUAUUCUUACAUUUUUAUGAAGAAUUUCAAUCAUGGGAUAGCUGUUAAUUGUUCUUAAUCCUUGGUUUUGAAAUCUUUGUAUAAUGUUAAAAAAAUUUUCUUUUUCCUCAAAUUUGGAUACUAUAUAUCUAUGUAAUAAGAUAAUCACAAGUUUAUAUAUUUUUUAAAAUUUAUUUUAGUAAUGAAUGAGGAGAUUUGCCCAAUAUAAUUUUCUUAUUUUCGUAUCUAAUUAUUUUUUCUUUUUUUAAUGUGAUCUUUCCAUAUGAGAAUCCCUUUGUCGAGAUAUACUACCAUUAUUAUUUUUUUGUCUCAUCAUUUAUCUUAAUUUUCGAAUCUGCAAUAUGUUUGUAAAAAUAAUGUGAUUAGAUUUGUUUGCAUUAAUUUUGAUCUUUCACUUUUUUAGCCCAUUCAACUGUUUUAUCCAGAUAUUCCUGUAGAAAUUUUGACACUUUUAAGAAACAGCAAUAAAUAAAGUCAUUUUCGACUUUAAAUAUACGGAUCUUACAUGUAUACUAUCUUCACAAAGUCAUACAGAGACUUACGAUCCGUUAUCAUUGAUUCAAAUGUAUCGAAAAAUGAAUUAAAGAAAAGGUUAAUAUCUUUUCACGUCGCAUGAUAGAUGACUAGCGCCAUCGAGUGGCUAGUUUUGAAACAUGACGAUAUAUCGAAAUAAUUAAUUCAAAACUGCGAAUUGGAUGAUAUUGAAAUAACUGUUGAAGCAGUGUUUAUUUUUCACUGUCGUGAACUUGUUUGCUUUUUAAUUCCUUUUAUAUUAAACAAUAAAGUAUAAAAUGAUGCAGGCUUGUUUUUGGAGUUUGAUGAGUAUUUCUGGGAAACCAUCACGAGACAAACGUAUUGUACCUGGCUUGAUAGCUAUACAAUUAAAUAGAUACACUACUUUAGAAGCUGAUCUUGUAGUAAUAGGUGGUGGGCCUGGUGGUUAUGUGGCAUCGAUAAAAGCAUCACAAUUGGGAAUGAGAACAAUUUGCAUAGAAGAAAGAGAUACAUUAGGCGGAACUUGUCUCAAUACAGGAUGCAUUCCAUCAAAAUUUUUGUUACACAAUUCAAACUAUUAUAACAUGGCGUUUAAUAAAAAUUUUCAAAAUAGUGGAAUUACAGUUGAACAUGUUAAACUUCAUAUCGAUAAAUGCAUGCAGCAAAAGCAGAAUGUAAUCAGAUCUUUAGCAAACGGUAUUAUUCUUUUGUACAAAAAGAAUAAAGUAAAUUGGGUGAAGGCCCAUGGAAAAAUCACUAAUCCAAAUCAAGUUGCUGCACUUAAUCCAGAUGGUUCGAUACAAAGCGUAAUUAAUUCUAAAAGAAUUAUGAUCGCCACUGGAAGCGAAUAUACACCGUUAACGGGUACAAAUAUCGACGAGAAAGAAAUUAUUUCAUCUACUGGAGCUUUGUCGUUAAGCUCGACACCUCCAAAAUUCGUGACAGGUGGCGCUGGUUUCGUUGGAUUGGAAUUAGGUUCAGUCUGGCAGAGAUUUGGCUCGGACGUAACGGCAAUUGAUUCUUCAUCCACUAUUGGUGGGCCAACUAUAGAUAAGGAAGUUAGUCAAAUAUUAAGGAAUAUCUUAACUAAACAAGGCAUAAAAUUUAAAAUGGAAACGAAAGUCACUUCUGCGAACAAAACAGGAAACGACAUCGUUGUUUCUGUCGAAAACAUAAACGAUUCUAGUAAGAAAGAGAACAUUUCUUGCAAUACGUUUCUAAUUUGUGUUGGCAGAAGACCGUACACGCACAAUUUAGGAUUAGAGAGCGUAGGAAUUAAAAAAGAUCAUUUAGGCCGAAUUCCUGUAAAUAGCAAAUUCCAAACAGAAAUACCAACGAUUUAUGCUAUUGGAGAUUGUAUUCAUGGACCUAUGUUGGCUCAUAAAGCCGAAGACGAGGCUGUUAUUGCAGUUGAAAGCAUUACAGGAGGUACUAAUCAAAUGGAUUACAAUAGCGUGCCCCACAUAAUAUAUACAUAUCCAGAAGUUGCUUGGGUUGGCAAAACGGAGGAAACAUUAAAGCAAGAAAGAGUCGAUUACAAAGUUGGAAAAUUCCCAAACACGUCAAAUUCUAGAGCAAGAACGAAUCUCGAGACGGAUGGUUUCGUUAAAGUAUUGGCAGAUAAACGUACGGAUAUAAUAUUGGGGGUGCAUAUGAUUAGUUCAUUCGCUGGUGAAUUGAUUAACGAGGCAGCUCUUGCUGUGCAAUGUAAGAUAAAGGCAGAAGAUGUUGCAAGGUCGUGUCAUGCACAUCCAACAUAUUCGGAAGCCAUAAAGGAAGCAUGUUUAACUGCAUAUUUUGGAAAACCUAUUAACCUAUAAAACUCCUAAAUAACACUGUGAGAAACAGUUAAUUCAAUAUAAUUCAUUGAAGCUUUUAUCCAUUUUUAAAAACAUGUUUCAAAAACGCUA